UGUACCCCAGGUAAAACAGGAGCCCUGUGGUGGCAACUGAGAGAAACAGAUGGGACUGUCGGAGAACAAGGACAGUCACAUAUCGUACAGGAAGCUCUGCCGCUCCCAAAACAUACCAGAAAAAAGCAUUCCCUCACAUGAGCCAAAGAAGGGUACGGAGCCUCAUCGGGGGGCUCCCCCCCAAAAUAAACCCAGCAAGGCUUGGAAUGAAGCCAAGAAAUGAAAGCAUUAAAAGGACAAAAAUCAUAUGAGGACAAAUCAUUUAUGCGUAUGCCAGUUGCUGGACAAAGGCCAUUUAACAAGCUUUAUCAAAUAGAAGAGCAAAUCAGAAUAAAAGAUGAAAUAGAAGAACAAACUCCUUGUUGGUUGAUGAGGAAUUACAGUUUUGCGCCCAUCUGAAGGGCCGGACCCUUUGUACUACCAGCCGAACUUCAACAACCCUCUGAGACAAGGCAGCGGGUGUCAGCUGUCCGACAACACAAGCAGCAAACCCCACGCUGUCGGGAGAGUAAAUGAGUUGGCCAAGGGCAGGCAGCAAACUCCCCACCUCGGCACCGUGCCUGUGCCCCGGCCCGAGGCAGGUUCUGCCUCUUGAGAGCACCCACGAGAAAAGCUCCUUUCCCGGGAGUCGGAAGGAAACUGGGCAGCGUAAAGGCAAGUUAAUUGCUUUAACGCACACCCGAGCUAUCGCAAGGAGCGCAUCGGUUCGGGUCCCGCUCCAGAAAAAGCUGUAAUUACAGGGAAAAAGAUAAAAGACCUUUCUAGGAGGAGAUGCAGAGAGGAAGCGAGCAACAAGUGCCGGCGCUGGCUCUGCGGCUCCAGCCGCCCCCCCCCGCACCCGCGUAACACGAAACUCCCCAUCGCCGGGACAACCAGUAACAAAAAAAGGCCGAGACACCAGCUGGCUGUCAGCCGCGGAGCCGAGAGGAGCCGAGAGGAGCGAGGGAGAGGCGAGCCAGGGUGAGGGGAGAGAUGACGUGAAAGUUUAAGAAGACAGAAAGGAAACCCAAGAGGAGCGGAGUUUGCGGCGCGGCUGGGCAUAAAGCCUGGAGAGCUUGAGCCGGAAUGUCUUCCGAAGGCUUUCUGAAGGAAAUGCAAACCAUUGGUGAGAAGUUUCUCCUUAAGCUGCAGAGACUGCCCAAGGCUGACCCGGUGGAGAUUGUGUCCUUUUGUGUGGUUCUUCUGUUUAUCGUUACUGUUCUGCUGCUCAUGAUCAUUGCCUGCAGUUGCUGCUGCUACAGCUGCUGUAGCUGCGACGGACGUCCUGACCAUAGACGUAGGAAGAUCCAAGUCCGCCCAAUUGCCCAUUCAUGAAGUGCAACAAAAGGUGACACAACUUACUCUCGGGGACAUGCAUGGACACCAUGAUUCAGACCCAUGGGAAUGACUUUCAACACUAGCUUGCUGAAAAUGGCAAUAACAAUAUUAAUUAAUAUGACUCAGUGGACCAGAAGCCACAGCACGCAAUUCCUUCUUUCUGUGACAGCCACUGCUGGGCUCCGUGGCGUGAUCAGAAAGGUAACGCUACUUUACCAUCACUGCCUCCCUCUUCUGG